CCCCGUGGCGAUAGUAGAGCCCGGGAGGGUUGUGCGGCGUGCUGGGUGCAAGUGGGGGCUGCUUUGGAGCCGCGGAGACUGCAGCCGGAGCCCAGCGCGCGGACCAGAAAGUCCCUCGCGUGGAUCGGCAAACGUCGCCCCUUCUCCUGGAGCUCACCCUCUUUCUCUUGCUCCUGCUACUGCUGACCCGGCAAAGGGAGCCGACAGGGCCCCAGGCUGAAGGUAAAACCCCACGGAAGGAACAUGAAGUUCCCUUGGAUAUCACUGAAGAAGAAGAUGGGAGGGGCCAUUUAAGAGAGAUUAUAAGUUGGAGGCUGCAAGGCUGGGGCCAGAAGGCUGGCAGUGGAAAACGCUGUUGAGCUGUGAUCUCUCACUGAAAAGUUCCAAGUGCCUUUUUGCUUCCUGUAAAAGAAAGGAAGAGAAGGAGGAAACCAUGUCUAUAGCCCUGAAGCAGGUGUUCAACAAGGACAAGACCUUUCGGCCCAAGAGAAAAUUUGAACCCGGCACACAGAGGUUUGAGCUGCACAAGCGGGCUCAGGCGUCCCUCAACUCAGGCGUGGACCUGAAGGCAGCCGUGCAGCUGCCUAGUGGGGAAGACCAGAAUGACUGGGUGGCAGUGCAUGUGGUGGACUUCUUCAAUCGUAUCAACCUCAUCUAUGGCACCAUCUGUGAAUUCUGUACCGAGCAGACCUGCCCUGUGAUGUCAGGGGGCCCCAAAUAUGAGUAUCGGUGGCAGGAUGACCUUAAGUAUAAGAAACCAACUGCAUUGCCAGCUCCCCAGUACAUGAACCUUCUUAUGGAUUGGAUCGAGGUCCAGAUCAAUAAUGAGGAUAUAUUUCCAACAUGUGUGGGUGUUCCCUUCCCAAAGAACUUCCUUCAGAUCUGCAAGAAGAUCCUGUGCCGCCUUUUCCGAGUCUUCGUCCAUGUCUACAUCCACCACUUUGACCGGGUCAUUGUGAUGGGCGCAGAGGCUCACGUCAACACCUGCUACAAACACUUCUAUUACUUCGUCACAGAGAUGAACCUCAUAGACCGCAAGGAGCUAGAGCCCUUGAAAGAGAUGACGAGCAGGAUGUGUCACUAAUGCUCCAUCUCGUCCUUCGGAAGAAAGGAAAGCCGUUUCCUCCUGGAGCCCCAGGUGGACAGAAAGCGGACCUCCCUGGAUGAAAUGGUGCACCUACUUCCUGGAGCAGAAGAGGUGGAGUCGAUCAGUGACCCCCGAGAGACACGUUCCCCACUCACUUCAUGUGCUCUUAACCCUCUGAGUGCUGCUAGACCAGACCUGUGGACCAGAAGACCACAACAUGGAAGAAGGACCAGCCCUUGACCCUUCCGGCUCAGGAAUCGUCCAGGAGGGGCCUCUGCAUUUCCGUGCAUGUCAUGGUUCUGCCUGUGACCUGCCGCCUAAGCUUUACUGGAAUUCAGGUUUUAAGACUGAGAUGUUUAUUAGUACCUUUCCACUUACCUGUCUUGUCAGCCGGUUGACUUUUAGGUCAUUUGUUUUCUAAGUACCAAGUGAAUUUGGGAACUUUGGAUACACAGCAAGCCUUCCUUUUGGGUCUCUGAAAGCUCCCACUCUGAUCCUGUGGCUUCACAUUCUGCAGGGCUGUGGAGCUGUGAGAUCAGAAGCCCAUCUGGCAGCAUCCAUGCCAUUUCCCUAAGAAGCAGUUCUAUCAGGGACCACUCCAGGGCCUGGCUUGUCUCUGUUCCAAACAGGGUCUUCACAAUCUAACUCCAGGGAAGAGACUGGCCACUCGCAGAAAGCUAACAAGUUACCAGUUUGCCCUGAUCAGAAUGUACAUUUUUUUAGUAAGCAUCAUUCCCUGACUCUCCUAUUGAUAUUCUUUCCUGUUUCCCAGAAAAGAGAAAUAAAAGAAAGUUACAAAUGACCAAGAAUGGUCAGUAAGAUCCCUGAGCCACAUUAGUGCGGUGUUUGUUCUGUAAAGAGCAGGGAGUCCUGGCUGGACAAUUGGUUAUUUGGUGUAUGUCAGUGAUACACCCACUCUGUUGAUUUGUCACCUUACUCACUGGCUCUCUGAGCUUGAAACCCAACCAGUCUUCUUUCUCCUCUGCCAUGUUAUGGCACAAAAUUAACUCCUGGAAAGUCCCAUUGAUUGUGCCCAGUUACCAAGGUGGCAGUAGAGCUGGAACUAACUUUGUUAUUCCAUUUUUUUCCCCCAAUUUUUCUCUUUCAGUAGACAGAAUAACACAGUCUGCACUGUGCCCUGCCUUUUGAAACCUAACAUAGUUGUAAUUGAUGAAAUGUCGACUUCUCUGAUUCAUUCACAAAAACCGUGGUCCUGUCAGCCCAGCCUGUGACGAGGGGGUAAUAAUACUUCCAGUGAUAAUUUGAGUUUAAUGAAAUAUCUGUUGGUGGAGGGAAGUAGAUAAGAAUGUAUUAGCACACUUAAUAUAAUAACAAUUAAAAGAGAAAUGAGCGACUCUGGAUUUCUUUUAUUAUACAUAAUGUGUUAACAUCAUUUGUGGCUGCCGCGAAAGCCUAGAGGGCAUGAAAUCUCUGUCCAAACCAAGAAAGGGCUGACUGUGUGCACAGUGGCCUUCGACACUGACCCAACCACGUGGACAGAUCCUUGCUUCCUAUCUUAUAAACAUUGUCUCAUGGAACCCAGACGCUGCUACCUCUCUCCAUGUUGUUCACGCUGGUCAACAAUAAACUUUCUUUUUUCUCUUAAGUAACUUUGAGAGGCAAAAAUUUUUCUCAUCCUAAUUUUUGACUGGGAUGGGGGGAAACUGUCUUAAGGAUACAGAGGAAACAAGAGCCCCUAAUUCCUGAAAUGUGUAAUAUGCAAUACCACAUGGGAAAUGCAGGAUGGUGGGACAAAGAAAUGGAGCCCAUGCCCUUGAGAUUUUUGUACCAUGGAGAACCACAGGAUGUUUGCAUUUAGAAAGUUGAACAUGUUCCUGCAUUUCAAUGAUGCUUAAUCAAAUGGAAGGCUAGAAUCUGAAGACAUGUGUCAUUAAUAAAGUUGUUGUCUACUAACUGUAUGAAAUAAAUCUAAACAUCCAAACAUUUUUUUGAACUUCUUGAAACAUUCUCCUCAUGGCUAUGCGGCUAAUUGCACUAAUCAACUCUUCUAGAGUAAAUUCUAGAAAACUGCUCUUGUAGUUUUUAAUUACAGGAUGUUCCUAUUCUCACAAAACUUUGUUUGGCAAAUUCUAAGGAAAGUCUUCAUAGAAAAAAAAAAUUUUUAACUCUUUGGCCUGAUUUUGUCUUCCACAAAUCUCUUACUGCAAAUGGAGAAUCUGAGCUUCUGGAAGCCUCCAGAUUUCUACAUUCCUCUGGGUCAGAGACUGGCAACCCUGCUUCUUUCUCCCAACCUGGUCCCCUCUCCUCCUUGUUUUCCCACUUGGGUGGGAGCAGGGGGAGUGAAAAUUUCAAAGUUAAAAGAUUAUAAUGAGUAUCCUUAUGCCCUUAAGUGCAUCAAUUAACAUUUUGCCCCAUUUUCUUUCUUACCAUAAAUACAUGUUCUGAGUGUUCAAUCGUUUGAAAAUAAGAUAUAGCCAUCAUAAAACUUUAAGAUUCUUCAUCAAGCUCCUCUUAAUAUGACUCUUGCCCUGGUCAUCUUCAAUGUCAUUAUCACCUCCAAGAAACUGAACAUCAACACAAUCCCUGUUUGAAAUUCUUCAACUGUCUCAAAAUAUUCUUUAUAGUUUAUUUUUUUUUAAAUCUAGGAUUCAAUCAAGAAUAACACUUUGCCUUUUAUUGCCUUUCUCUUUAGUAUCCGAUAAUGGACUAGAGUUUCCUUUUUGUGAAUAUGUGUGGUGAGGUGUGUUUGUGGGGCACUGUGUUGUGUUAUGUGUACAUGGUGCAGUGUGUCCAUCAGUUCAUGACUCUGACAUCAUCAUCAUUAUGAUCAUUAUUAUCCUACAUUAUUAUUCCUACUGGGUAUUGAACCCAGGGACACUUUACCACUGAACAACAUCCUCAGUUCAUAUUUAAAAUCUUUUUAUGUUGAAACGGGGUCUUGUUAAAUUGCUGAGGCUGACCUUGAAAUUGUGAUUCUCCCAUGCCAGCCUUGCAACUUGCUGAGAUUACAGGCAUGCACCACUGUACCCAGCUGACAUUAUUAAAGAAUUUGAGCCACUUUACUCGUGGAAUGUCCCACCAUCUGGAGGAUUUUGUUUGGUUGGUUUCCUGAUUGUUUCCUCAUUAUGCUCCUUUUUUUUUUUUUGCAAGAAUACUAUGUAAGUCAGGUUGUUUCUUCCUGUUGCAUCACAUCAGGAAGCACAUGUCUAACAUCUCUUCAUAAUAUUAAGAAGGAUCAGUGGCUGCAGGUGCUAUCUGGCUGGUCCAACCAUUAUCAACGUCUAUGAUUGAUUAUUAAGCUCUGAAAUUCACUAAGCCUAGUUUUUAUAGAAGGUGAAGCUAUACAUGUAAACAUCCAUUUCUUAAUAACCAGAGUUCAUGAUCCCCAAAGAGACUACCCACUGCAGAUAAAUGAUAUACCAGUGGCAAAGGAUUCAUACCUUUCCAUUUAACAGAAGGAAGAGAAACAGGACAGUUGCCUGUGUGGGCAAUAUGUGGGCAUGCUGGCCGAUGAGAAUUUGUAUGGUCAUGUAGCCAGAGUUGAAAUACAUGUAACACUGCAUCCCCCUAUCCUUAAUGACUUCCCACUCAGACCCAUAGUUUAUUCAGAGAACCUUCUUGUUGAGAGGAAUUUCCGAAUGUUUCUCGGAGGGAGAAUCUUAGAUCUUAUAAUAUGUUGUAGCCCUCCAAAGGACCAUAGCACAUAAUCAAAUACAAAGUAUUUAUGUGGUAUUAAAAUCUUAUGAAGGAUGGAAUAAGGGGUGGGAGGACAUGAGUAGGAGUAAAAUGCCAAAAAAGUUCCUCAGUAGAAAAAUAAUGGGGGAAAAAAGUAGAAUAAGAAACACUCAUCUAGAGUCAUUCCUGCUCCUUAGGUUGUCAAUUUUUUUCUUCCCUGAGUAUUUUCUCAUUUCUUAGGACCCAGAGUCUCAGAUUCAGGAUGAAUGGGAGGAGCUUUGAGAGAUUUCUUAAUCCAUUCCUUCUACCUCCCAGGCCAUGUCAGUGACAUUCCCAUUGAAAAUCUGUUCUCCUCUCACAGAUCUCCAGGCAUGGAAAUUCUGUAUCAUCCUCUGGUAGAACCUACUGAAACUCCACAAUAUAUGAAAUCCUUCCACUUUGAUUCCAGCAAAGUACUGUUUGAAUUUCAGCACAUCUUUUCUGUGUCCCACCUUUAAUAAAUCCAGGGACAGUGCAGCAUAAGUAAUUACAUAAUAAAGAGAACUUCAUUUGCACAUCUGUGAAGUUUUUCAAGACUGUUCCCAAUGGUCCUUCAAUCUUGUUUCCUUUAGAGUUCUCCCAAUGACAGCACCUUCUUGGCUGACCUGUUGGUAUCCAUUUCUAUUGUUCAACUAGAAAGCUUCCCAAAGCUCUUCCCCAAGUUUGCAUUAUGAAUGUCACCAACCAUAAACCUGAUAAGAAAUUAGUUCAUGCCUUCCAGAAACCCUGUUGUGUCUUUGUUAAGUCCUGACUUUCUUUUUAUACACUUAUAGAAUUUUAAAAGAAAUUAAGUAUCCAUACAAAACUCUUCCCUAUGUUAUAACCAACCAUUUUGGCUAACCUCCCUGAAUUUUCUUUCUUCCUAUUUUUAACAUCUCUAUUAGAUUACACUGCUUGGGUUGGGUUGUUGUUUUCAAUCACCUCUUUAACAGGAAAAACAUGAAGGAACUAGAGUUCCACUCAUCUCUUUGUGGUGGUUUUUGCCAAUCUAUCAGUGAUAGAAGCACAUCACUUCCUAUGGUCUCUAAUCUGGUGUCCCUUCCAAACCCCAUUAGUAUCACGCUGUAAGGGGGAAAAAAAAGCUGUAGGAAAAGUAUGGCUAUGUCUUCAAGAAAUGGUAAAAAGGCACAAUUAAUAAGAGAGGGAGAUGUCAUCUGGAUAACAACAUUUCUCUUGCUGUGACCACUUUGGUCUUUGGGUGAUUCUUAGAAUUAGCCAAACAAAGUGUGUUUUGAAAUAAUGAUUGCUUUCCUGCUUUAAAAAAAUAUAUCAGCAAAACACUUUUAUAAUAGACUAUUUCCCUCUGGGCAGGUAUUAAUUCUGGGUAAGAAUUUUCAGUGACAUUAUGUAAGAAUGUGUAUAACAUAGAGGGAAGAGUCCAGUUCUAAUCAAACCAUUAAGCUGUCAUACUAGCUUCUUGUGUUCUGAUUCCAGAGUUUUCUUGUAUCUUUUCUACAUACUUCUGGAAAAAAAUGUUGACUAUAUUUUUAAUUCCAUUUGUUAUUAAAUUAAGGGUUUGACUAUAAGAAAAAUAGACUAACAAUUAAAUCAAUUAGAAAAGCAAGAUAAAACUAAAGGAUAUUUAUAAAAUCAGUUCUAUGUGGGCUUAGAAAUUCAAAUGUCAUAAAUAAAAGACAUGUAACCAUCA